AUGGCUUCAUGUAAGAUGCAGCCGGCUCAUGGGCUCCCUAAGCCUUCAGAGGCAAAUAGUCCACGGAGUCGGUACGCUAUGCAUCACGAGAAAGUGAAGGAGGAUGGGGUCAGGAGAACGAGAGGAAAAAAGCAGAAAACCGAAAAGGUACAAGCAAAUAGCCAUCUCCAACACGGCGAAGAGCUGAAAGGUUCGAAUCGAGAUGGGAACCCUGGAAGCCGGCCAUUCGUCGACACGAGUAUCUUGAACAACCCGUAUGUUGAUUCGAGCAAUGUCCCUCGCCAUGACGGAAUCAGCCUGGUGCGAGCCUUCAUGUUCGACCGAAACAUGUCAGAAGCAUGCCAAGCAGUGGCGGACAAGGUCGAUGAGUUCUGCGGACUUGCCGGCCUAGAUGACUGUCCUCCCGACCAUACAGUCUUUCUGGUGGACGAUCGAUGCUGUUUUCCGGGGCGUGAAGGAGUAAGACCCAAUCCAGGGCCUCUUACCCCACAAAGUUACUUGGAGCAUCGCUCUCAACCGCGUUUCCAAAGUUGGCCUAGCCCACGCCAAAAGGCGUCAAAUCACGAAGCCCUGGCAGAGAGCGCAUCUCCAGAUCCUCGCCAGCGGCCCGCCACGGCGACUGCUGACCAGGCUAUAAAGAGAUAUGACACGCCCCAAAGCUGGGAAGAGUUUGCCGAGCAUCAUGGACAGCCUAUCCACUGGCCUCAACAGGAGAAUGGACAACUACCUGAUGCAGAACGACGGACAGUCUUCACAACAAAUCUCGACCGUUGGAGCAUCCAUGUGCUUGCUGCCACGGCGUCGAGCCAUGAGGUCGACAGCCUUCGAAGUGCAUUUUAUCGGCAUCUGCUUUUCGAGCCCCUGAUCGGAAUCGACUUGUCGCAAACUGGCAUGCUCACUUUUCAACUUUCUUUCCAUUUCCCCUACUAUGCGUGGCGAGCAUUUGACAGCCCGAGACCGCCUCUAGAAGACAGUCGCCGCUUUCUUGGGUGCGAUGACGACACACCUCUGAGAGGAUUCGAAGACGUAUCCUUCCUUAAUGACUCUGUGCUUGAAGGUUCCCACUAUCUCUACCAAUCUCAGAUAUCAUUGACUAUCACCGGCUCUGAUUCUUGGAGGUGGACAGCCUAUCUUUUUGUCGACACUUAUCAUGACCAUGAGUCAAGAGAAACGGUGCAGGAGUAUCAUGAAGAAGCCGUUGGGGAAGGUGGUUUUCUCAUGGACCCCUUAACACUUGGGACAGUGGCUGCUGACCAGCCAAUAUGCGACCCCCGAGCAUACUUUCUUCUUAUCACCCACAUCCGGCUCAACCAAGUCAAACUUGAAUGGCAGACAAUAGAGGACAGAAUAUGCAAAGCAGUCCGCGCUUGUCACGAGGCCCCAAUCAUUCGGCGGCGGACGACAUCGUCGACCAGUGCGAUUGAAACUAAUCGCAGGCAUGGCAGGGCGAUCAUUGACCGGAUAGGCCGAGUCCGGCUUUUGGCGGUGCGUAUGGCAGAUGAGCUAGGCAAGCUUUGCCAAAGUGUCGAAGGCUUUAUCCAAGAGCACUCUCGUUCUUUCGAGGACCUUUCCCAGGAUGUUGUUCCUGGUAAACGCGCUCUUUUCACCAUCAAAGCACUACAUAACGAGCUGAAGACUUCAUGGAAGGCCCUUCAAUCACAGGUGAUUCGUUGUGACGCAUCUUUGAAAGAACUCAAACUACAUUUUGCGGAGCAAGCUGCUGGAGCAUGCACCUUCCAGACACAGCUAGCGUACCAAAGAGUUGCCAUCGAUCAAUAUCGAAUUCUACUCGCCGAGCAGCAGUGCAUGGCCACAAUAUUAAAUACGAGACUUGCAGAAGAAAACAAAUGUUACACUGUAGAAGCCAGAGCGAUGACAGUGUUUAUGGUGUGCUUUGUGAGCCCAUGCGCCCUGGGUAUGAGCUUCUUCUCGAUGCAAGAUACAGUGACACCUUUUGUGCCACCAACCUUGGCCUCAUUUCUAGUCAUGACGGGUAUUCUUAUUGUCUUUAGCACAGCUGUGACGAUUUUCCGUCAACGUGUCUGGUUUUAUUUGAAGAUUUGGGCGACAUUCAUCAUUCACAAAGUGUUACGAAGGCAGCGGCUGCGGUCGGGGGAUUGGAGGAGGAGGAUACGCUAUGACCCUGAUCUUGAACACGGUAUUGGAGGCGACGUGCCUCCCAGAACAUGGUAA